AGACGCCCGGUUUCAUUUGUUGUUUUGCGUGUUGCUUUGCUACCGCGCAAGGUGUUCGGACGAAUUAGCUGUCAAUCUCCGACCAAAAAUAUAUUUAGGGUAGGUUGAUUAAGGGAUCAGUACUGUAGCAGUUCCCAGUGAGAUUAAUUCUGGGUCUGUUAGAGGUUAAUGUGAUAGAGUCAUUGGACUUUAUGCCAGUUUCAGGAGCAUUUACAUUAGCUUGGUAAAGCUAACUAACUGUACAGUAACAUCACAAGCAACCUCAGUUUUUUUUUAGCAGGUUUUUUUCUACGCUCACGAAAUUGAAGAUGUCUGACUCCGACAUAAUGUCUUCAGCCGAAGACAGAGCCAAGGAGAUUCUGAAGGGGUUUAAGCUAAACUGGAUGAACUUGCGUGAUGCUGAGACUGGGAAGGUGCUGUGGCAGGGAACGGAGGAUCUGUCUCUUCCUGGGGUCGAACAUGAAGCUCGAGUCCCCAAGAAAAUUCUCAAGUGCAAAGCUGUGUCCAGAGAGCUAAAUUUCUCUUCAUCAGAAAAACUGGAAAAGUUCCGCCUUGAGCAGAAAGUCUUCUUCAAAGGCCAGUGUUUAGAAGAAUGGUUCUUUGAGUUUGGCUUUGUGAUUCCCAACUCCACAAACACAUGGCAGUCUUUGAUAGAGGCGGCUCCUGAGUCGCAGAUGAUGCCUGCAAAUGUUUUAACUGGAAAUGUUGUUAUAGAGACCAAGUUCUUUGAUGACGAUCUUCACGUCAGCACCUCCCGAGUACGACUUUUCUACGUCUGAAGAAGAACGAACAACUUUACUUUUUUUUCUUAUUUUUUUCUAUUAAUCCUUGAAGUGAUGAGGGGGGGGGGGGGGAGAACAGGACCACCAUACACAACUGAUUGUUGUUAUCCAAUGGUCACUGGAAGCUGAGUUCGACGGAGUGCGUUUCUCUUUACAGGGGGGGGGGGAACAGGACCACCAUACACAACUGAUUGUUGUUAUCCAAUGGUCACUGGAAGCUGAGUUCGACGGAGUGCGUUUCUCUUUACAGUGACGGGUGACGGCAGUACUAAAAGGGAACAAUGCAGGAAGAAACUGACAUCCAACCAAGUCAUCAAGAUCACACUGGCUUCUUGGCAGACAAUACUUUUUGUAUGUAAAUAUAUAUAUAUAUGGGCAAAGAUGAUGCUCAUGGCAAGAAACCAUGUAAAUUAUUUUAUUUGUACAUUCAUUAUUUUCCCCUUGUCAUUCCAGAAGUGUCACCCUGCGAUGUACACAGCUCCAUUGUCACCUUGUGUUUUUGAUGUUUGCUUUCAGUUGAUGUUGUGGUUGCUGAUAUUGUCAUUGUUUGGAUUUUUUUUUUUUAAUAGUUGUUACUAAUCUUGUAAAAUAGGCUGUGUUUAUUACUACACGAAUUAUGGAUUAAAAUAUGUUCACUACA